AAUCACAUGACAGUUCCCUUCCUUCGACAGUCUGUCACUCUGACCAGUGUUAGAACUCUACAUUUGUGUGUGGUCUGGAAUUGUGUCCUUCGAGUGAAAUAAAAUAAAAUAAAAUGGCUGCACGCUAUAGAGAAACUUAUAUUUAUUCGUUUGGAGGGUUAUUGGUCGCUGCGGUCGUCGUGUUUGGCCUCUACUACAUUCUCACCGGACAAGGCGAAAGAAUUGACAUUGGCUGGUUUUUGGAAACAAUUACACCUUACAUGUGGGCAACUACUGGCAUUGCAUUUGCUGUUUCCCUGUCAGUCAUAGGAGCUGCUCUUGGCAUCUAUACCACUGGCUCAAGCAUUAUUGGUGGGGGAGUUAAAGCCCCUAGGAUCAAAACCAAAAAUUUGAUCAGUGUUAUUUUCUGUGAAGCUGUAGCCAUUUAUGGGCUCAUCAUUGCAAUUGUCCUUGCUGGAAUGUUGGAUAAAUAUGAUCCGUUAAAAGCAUCUCCUGAGAAAGUUGCACUAAACUACUUUUCCGGGUUCGCCAUGUUUGGAUCGGGUUUAACUGUUGGUUUAGUUAAUUUGUUCUGUGGCAUUUCAGUCGGAAUUGUUGGAUCCGGAGCAGCCCUGGCUGAUGCAGCUAAUCCCUCCCUUUUCGUCAAGAUUUUGAUCGUGGAAAUUUUCGGCAGUGCAGUUGGUCUCUUUGGACUUAUUGUUGGCAUCUUAAUGUCAUCAAGGAUUAAAAUGGGAGACAUAUAAGAAGAUGAUUUCUGUAACAUUCAUUCCUUUUACUGUAAUAUUUUUUUAAUUCUUUUUUUUUCUCUUUUUUUUUACAAUGAAUGUUUCGUUAGUCAGAUGUUUAUGCCAUUUGGUCGUGUUUGUUGUCAUCCAAACUUCUUUCCUUUUAACCAACUGAAAAUUAGCGCUCUAAAGUCUCGUAUAUCCCUUGUAUAGAACAACAAAUCAACUUACAUGUAACUGUAAUUUAAAAUAAAGACGAGGCCGAGCAUUAAUUUGGGUGUAUGACCAGGUGGUAUAAAUUAAUGGUUUUAGUUGCCCCCUGUGUUGGAUGUUUGCUUCUUAGCCUUUUCCCAUUUCUGUCGCAAAAGUAUGCAUCCGAUCAAAUAAAGUUAAGAACACAAAA